AUGUACUCCAAAUACAAUACAGAAUUUAAUAAAGGUUCACUUCAGUUUGAAGACAAAUGGGAUUUCAUGCGCCCCAUUGUUCUGAAGCUGUUACGCCAGGAAUCUGUCACAAAACAGCAGUGGUUUGAUCUGUUUUCGGAUGUUCAUGCAGUUUGCUUGUGGGAUGACAAAGGUCCAGCAAAAAUUCAUCAAGCUUUGAAAGAAGACAUCCUUGAUUUUAUUAAACAAGCACAGGCAAGAGUACUGAGUCAUCAAGAUGAUACAGCUUUACUAAAAGCAUACAUAGUAGAAUGGCGCAAAUUCUUUACACAGUGUGAUAUCUUGCCCAAACCAUUUUGUCAACUAGAAAUUACUUUAAUGGGUAAGCAGGGCAGCAACAAGAAAUCCAAUGUAGAAGACAGUAUUGUUCGAAAGCUCAUGCUAGAUACUUGGAACGAGUCCAUAUUUUCAAAUAUAAAGAAUCGACUUCAGGACAGUGCAAUGAAGCUGGUCCAUGCCGAAAGACUAGGAGAAGCUUUUGACUCUCAACUUGUUAUUGGAGUUAGAGAAUCAUAUGUUAACCUUUGUUCUAAUCCUGAAGAUAAACUUCAGAUUUAUCGGGAUAACUUUGAGAAGGCAUAUUUGGAUUCAACAGAGAGAUUUUAUAGAACACAAGCCCCUUCUUAUUUACAACAAAAUGGAGUACAGAAUUAUAUGAAAUAUGCAGACGCUAAAUUAAAGGAAGAAGAGAAAAGAGCAUUAAGGUAUCUAGAGACAAGGCGCGAAUGUAACUCUGUAGAAGCGCUUAUGGAGUGCUGUGUGAAUGCUCUGGUGACCUCAUUUAAAGAAACUAUUUUAGCUGAAUGCCAAGGCAUGAUCAAACGAAAUGAAACAGAAAAGUUGCAUCUAAUGUUUUCACUGAUGGAUAAAGUUCCUAAUGGAAUAGAGCCCAUGUUAAAAGACUUGGAAGAGCAUAUUGUUAGUGCUGGACUAGCAGAUAUGGUAGCAGCUGCUGAAACUAUUACUACUGAUUCUGAGAAAUAUGUAGAGCAGUUGCUUACAUUAUUUAAUCGAUUUAGUAAGCUGGUUAAAGAAGCUUUUCAAGAUGACCCAAGGUUUCUUACCGCAAGAGAUAAGGCAUAUAAGGCAGUUGUGAAUGAUGCUACAAUAUUUAAACUUGAAUUGCCAUUGAAGCAGAAAGGGGUUGGAUUGAAAACACAGCCUGAGUCCAAAUGCCCUGAACUGCUUGCUAAUUACUGUGACAUGCUGUUAAGAAAAACACCACUAAGCAAAAAAUUAACCUCUGAAGAAAUUGAAGCAAAGCUUAAGGAAGUGCUUUUGGUACUUAAAUAUGUACAGAAUAAGGAUGUUUUCAUGCGAUACCACAAAGCUCACUUAACAAGACGUCUGAUACUAGAUAUAUCAGCUGAUAGUGAAAUUGAAGAGAAUAUGGUGGAAUGGCUGAGAGAAGUAGGUAUGCCAGCAGACUAUGUAAACAAGUUGGCCAGGAUGUUCCAGGAUAUCAAAGUAUCUGAAGACUUGAACCAGGCCUUCAAAGAAAUGCACAAAAAUAAUAAAUUGGCCCUACCAGCUGAUUCUGUGAAUAUUAAAAUUUUAAAUGCUGGUGCCUGGUCUCGAAGUUCUGAAAAAGUGUUUGUAUCGCUGCCCACGGAAUUAGAAGACCUCAUCCCAGAGGUAGAAGAGUUCUACAAAAAGAAUCACAGUGGCAGAAAACUGCACUGGCAUCAUCUCAUGUCCAAUGGAAUUAUAACAUUUAAGAAUGAGGUUGGCCAGUAUGACUUAGAGGUAACAACGUUUCAGCUGGCUGUGCUGUUUGCAUGGAACCAAAGACCCAGAGAGAAAAUCAGCUUUGAAAAUCUUAAACUGGCAACUGAGCUCCCUGAUGCAGAACUUAGGAGGACUUUAUGGUCUCUUGUAGCAUUUCCAAAGCUGAAACGUCAGGUUUUAUUGUAUGAACCUCAAGUCAAUUCGCCCAAAGACUUUACAGAAGGAACUCUCUUCUCAGUGAACCAGGAGUUCAGUUUAAUAAAAAAUGCUAAAGUUCAGAAAAGGGGUAAGAUAAACUUGAUUGGCCGGUUGCAACUCACUACAGAAAGAAUGCGAGAAGAGGAGAAUGAAGGAAUUGUCCAACUAAGAAUAUUACGAACCCAGGAGGCUAUUAUCCAAAUAAUGAAAAUGCGGAAGAAAAUUACUAAUGCUCAGCUUCAGACUGAACUGGUAGAAAUAUUGAAAAACAUGUUCUUGCCACAAAAGAAAAUGAUAAAAGAGCAAAUUGAAUGGCUUAUAGAGCACAAAUAUAUCAGAAGAGAUGAAUCGGAUAUCAACACCUUCAUAUACAUGGCAUAAUUUGAAGACUCUGUAAGAUGCCAAGAACACAAAUUGAAGGGUGCUUGGGCAGACAGCUGCAACAGUUUUUUGUGCUGGAGAAGGACUCAUUUUGACUUUCAUUACAUAUUAAAAUCCCUGCCUUAUCUUACAAGAGGACUAUAUUUUGCCAAUCUCAUUCAGCUAGCAUGAUGGCAUUCCCUUCAUGUUGCACACUUUAACAGCAUGUUGUUUUGUGGGAAACUUGCAUUUAUGAAGAGCCCAUUGUGAGCUUUUUAAAGUAGAUUUGAUUUACACCCACCAAGAAGAAUACAGGUUUGGGUUUUUAGAUGAACAGUACUUGCACACAAAAAAAGACCUUCAAAUACUCAUGCACUGAGAAACUGCUAUUAAGUUUGUUUUUGUUUUUAAAUGCAAUUAGGACUAGAAGUAGCACUUUCACUUUGUGUUUUGGAUCAACAGAGUAAAUGUACUGUCCACCUUUGGUGAUCCUUUUUAUGUAUAACAUUUGAGAGAGACACAGAUGCAUCACAACAGAUAUGUAUUUGUUACAGUAACAACCUGUUGGCUCAAGCAGUGCUUCAAUAUAGUAACUGGAUUUUAAUAUUGACAUACAAGUGACAUAAAAAUAUUUCCAACUUGUGGAUGUUGUUUUUCCUUAAGCAGGAGAUCAUUGUUUUAUAUUGUUUGCUGUAAACAUAUGGAUAGACAUUGCUUAUCUUAUCUGAGCAAAUGGUUUAUUACAAUCCUUUUGAAAGGUGAAGCUUUCUUCCCCAUAUCUGUUUCAUGGCUGCGUCUGUUAUAGUGAACAGAAAUAUUAAGUGUAUUCCCUUGUACAUUUAAUAUUUGUAUUCCAUAUGUUUGAAUAUAACUAACUACAUAAAUCUGAAGGCAUUAAAAAGUAACUGAUCCACAAGUCCCUUAUGAGAAGAAAACCCUUUGCAAUUUCUGUACACAUACAGUAGCAUCAUAUCCGGGUAUUCCAAUGGCUUUAUGUUUUAGGGUUUAGACUCUUAGUUGCCUAAAAGUCAAUCUCCUUUAAAAUAAAUAAAUAUAUAAAGCAGCAACUGCCUAUUGAUUUGAAGUGAGCAGGAGAUAAAGGGUGUAGCUAAAGGAGACCUGCAAAGGUUUAAGGAAGAAAAAACUCCCAGUUUUUGUGUGUGAAGAGAGAUUGUCAAAAUUCCUGAUGUGUAUUUGGCAAAUUUUAAAUGUUACAUCUUUCUUCAGCCAUGUUAAGUAGCCUCUUGGUAAUAUCUAACUCCUUCUCAAAUGUUCCAGUGUUUAUUGGACUGAUGACAUCAGUACUGCUGGAGCAGAGAAUCUGCCUUGGGGG